CCCUUCUUUUUCAUUUUAAUAGUUUCCCGUAAACAAAAAAUCCUCCCUGGGUCUGCCAGAGCAGCACAUUUUCCAGUCCGUUCGGGUAAAUUCAGCGUGACACCUACUGAAGGCUGGGGUGUCAAAACUUUUUCCACUUAGGGCCACAUCCUCAGAAAUAAAAGGACGCAAGGGCCACUUUGAAUAUGCUAGGAAGUUAUAUACUCUUAAGUUAAAAAAAAAUGCAUCUCAGCUUUGUGAUUUAGGAGAGAAAGCCUGUUUUUAAAUUUCCCAAAUAUUGAAACUUUCUUCUGAAAUAAUCUACGUAAAUUUUCUUUCCCAUGACAAUAUUACCUUUUCCCCAACCUUAUUUUCUACAAAUGACAAAUUACUGUUUUGUUUGUUUCUCAUAAGAUUACAACUUGGAAAGUUUUCGGUAAUAUUUAAACUCUAUGCUCCUAAAAAUUGCAUCAUUUGUUCUCGUAAUAUUACGAGUUUAUUUUUACAAAUUUUGUUUUUUUUCUUCAACUCUUUGUUUUACAAUUGUAACUUGUUCCCUGUAAUAUUUUAACUUUAUUCUCUUAAAAUUACUGCUGAUUUUUCCAUUUUUGCUGUUUUGCUGUGGGCCGCACUUUAAACACUAAUGCUGUAGGUGGUCAAGUCAGACCUUCAAAAUAAAAUAAGCCCGACAGUCGAGUGGAUUUAAUACUGUAUAAAAUAUUUUUUCCUAAAUCAUAAAUAUAAUGCACUUCCUGGUAAUUCAGAAACCCCAGAAAAGCAAUGAACUUUACACAAUAACGGGAGGUGUAAGGCACAGAUUGACAUCAGCCGAGUGACCUCAAUUUGCACAAGUUGUGACAGUAAAACAGUUUCAAUCAUGUUAAUAAAAUAGUACUGUAGGUUGCAAAGUAAUAGUUAUAAUUACUACUAGUUUUCUUUUCGUUUUCUUGUGCGCUUUUCUUUGACGACGCGACGUGACCAGUAAAUCACUUAAAAUAUGCAUUAAAGGCACACAUUUUUAAACAAUAAAUAACUAGGCUAACGAUGAAUGUAUAUUGAUGUUGUUUAAAUAUAAUAAUGGUAGUUUAAUUUUAUGGGGACGAUCUAAAUACUUAAUAUUUUAACUACCAUUGAAAACUUCCGGAAAGUGGUGACCUUCAUCCGCCUGCGUGUAAUUGUUUACCCUCACACUGAUGAAAGUAGGUCACAGAAAAAUAAGACAUUUACAGUCACGCAUUCCUUCGUCGUGUAUGGACUUUCUGGGGAUAUGUGCCUUUAUUGAUUUUUUUUUAAAUUUACGUGAGGAUAUAUUACCAACAGGCAGCUGCACAGAUGCAGUUUGAUGCCUUAGCAUCUGGAUUAAACUUAGUGUGAAGAUCCUUGUUGCGGACAUGUCCAGGCGAGGUAGGAACAGCCGCGCUUGGCGGUACGUUUGGGGUGGAAUACGGCGAGAUGCUGAUGCAAGAGCGCUGGUCUUGGCGUCUGAAAGUGAUGAAUGGGGCUACGACCGCCUGGAGUACAGUGAUUCUGAUUCCGAGGCAGACUAUUCAGCUAUGAUGGUCCCGCCGGUCCCGAGUGCCGUGCCCGUGACGGGAGAGUCCUACUGCGGCUGCGACUACCAGGCGGAGACCAUCCAUCAUCGGCGAGGUUUUUACCAAGUCAAAGGAUGUCACUGUGGAGAGGAUGAUCAAGAAUUUGACUGGGUUUGGGAUGACAGCAGCCGCUCGACAGCAACUUUAUUGAGCUGCGAUAAUCGUGAAGUGAACUUCCACUCCGAGUAUAGCUGUGGGACAGCUGCAAUCCGUGGCUCCAAGGAGCUGGCGGAAGGGCAACACUUCUGGGAGAUCAAGAUGACGUCGCCGGUGUAUGGAACAGACAUGAUGGUCGGGAUCGGUACUUCCGACGUCAACCUUGACAAAUACAGGCAUACGUUCUGCAGCCUCUUGGGAAAAGACGUGGACAGCUGGGGUCUUUCUUACACUGGCUUAUUGCAUCAUAAAGGCGACAAGAUGAACUUUUCUUCUCGGUUCGGACAGGGCUCCAUUAUUGGGGUUCAUCUGGACACGUGGCACGGCACACUUAGGUUCUUUAAGAACCGCAAGUGUAUAGGUAUUGCUGCCACAGAUCUCCAAAAUAAAAGGUUUUACCCGAUGGCGUGCUCCACAGCAGCCAAAAGCAGCAUGAAGGUGAUCCGCUCCUGCUCUGCACCCACUUCCCUUUUGUACCUGUGCUGUGCGCGCCUUCGCCAGCUGCUGCCAGACUGUAUAGACACCUUGGAUGUCCUGCCUCUGCCACCGGGGCUCCGCCACCUGCUAUACAACAAACUGGGUUGGGUGCUCAAUCUCCAUAGUGUCACCACAGAGGAAGCAGCAGAUGUGCCGGAGCGCUCCCCGUGCAUGCCCGUCCUGCCCUCGGCUGGGCCGUCUUCCUCCGAGAGCGACUCGGAGGGUUUCACGUCCGACCCCGAGGCCUGCCAGAGGAAGAGAUGUCGCUGGACUUGACUUCCUCCACUUAAACAAGGCAGAUGAUACUGUCCAGUUUAACAUUAUGUACUUUCAACUAUACCUGCCUCAGAGUGUCUCGGAGUAUUGAAAGAAGUAACUGAGGGCGCGAAUGAAGCAGCACGUGGCCAAGGUCAAGGUUUAUUUAUGUUUAAAAAUAGAUCAUGCUGCCCCAAAGUGCUGUACAGAUUAAAAAAUAAAAUGCUAGAAAACUUAAAUUAAAUAGCCAACAUGUGACAAGUAUUAAAAUAGAAUAAAAACUAUAAGAACAAGUAGAACAAUUAAAACAUUCAAUACAUUAAAAAAAAACUUUAAAUAGAUAAAAAUGUCUAAAUUAGCUUGUCUUAAAAGCCAAUGACUAAAGGUGCGUUUUUAGUGCUGAUUUAAAACAUCCCACACAAAAGCAGUUUUUAUUUGUGGGCGGGGGGGCGAGAGUUCCAUAGUGUGGGGCCUGCAACUGCAAAACCUCUGUCACCUCUUGUUUUUAGUCUGGUCCUGGGACAAUGUAAAACAGACCGGUUCCAAGACCUCUGUGUUCUGGUGGGAGUGUGCAAAAUCAGCUAAUCACUUAAAUAGGAAGGGGCUAGGUCAUUUAGGCAUUUCAAAACAAGCAAUAAAAUCUUUAAAUGAAUCCUAAAAGUAACAGGUAGCCAGUGGAGUGAAGCAAGCACGGUGUUCAUAACUUUUAAUCGUUUAACGUUUAAUCCCUGCGAGCAGCCGAGCAGCUGCAAUUUGAAGUCUAUGAGUGGAAGACUGGAGAAGGCCAAAGUAGAGGCAAUUAUAACAGUCCAGAUGUGUGGAAACGAGCACAUGUAAGACCCUUUCAAAUUGUUUUAUGGGAAGGUAUGGCUUCAUUUUAGCAAGAGUCCUAAGCUGCAAGAAACUUGCUUUAAUCGCUUAACUGACUUGGUUGUCUAAAUUAAAAGAGCUGUCAAAAACACCAAGGUUUUUUCUACACGGGGGCGGCAAUAGGAUGAAAGGGGGCCCAAGGCACUGUUCAUUUACCUUCAGAAAGUUAGUUGACAGCCAGGUUUUUAACGUUGUGGAGGCAGCUUUUUAAAGCCGUAAGAGAAUCAGUUUUGGAUUGGGUGGGUAGAUUUAUUUGGACGUCGUCAGCGAAACCCAGUGGCAACAAGUACAAUAAAAAACAAGACAGAACCUAAAAUAGAGCCUUGAGGCACCCCAUAGCCAAGUGGGGAUGUCUUUGACAAAAAUGGACCAAGGCUGACAGAGAAAGCGCGUUCGGUUAAGUAUGACUGGAACCAAUGGAGGGCCGUGCCUUUAAGUCCUACAUGUCUCUAGGCGGGAUAAAAGGAUGUUACGGUCAACUGUGUCAAAGGCUGCCGUCAAAUCUAAAAGCACCAGCAUGGCUGAACCACCAGAGUCUGUUAUUUAAAGCAACUCUGUCUGCACGACUGUACCGUCGUCUUCUGUCAUGCCAUGAAAACGUCUUCAUUCCAGUCAGCUUCCAAACCAGAUGUGGGACAACUGUAGCAAAAAAGAUGUUUACAGUAGGCGUGUGUUGCCAUUGUUGAGUGGGGAUUAGUGACAUGAGGAAGUACUGUAGAGCGGGACACUGAAUUGUGGUCAUAUUUUGGUGACCUGCAUAAAUGGGUCACUAGAAAGGUGAAAUGCAGCUAUGUUCUUUCUUAUUGUCUGGUAUGCAAAUACUGUUCUAUCAUUCUUAAACUGCAUUCUGUCACUGCUUCAGGAAGUGGGAUAGGACUUCUUUUAGUGCGCUUGAUGAAAAUGUUCCAGAAGAAUCCUUUUCUAAUUGCGCUCAUAAGCGUUACAUUCAACUGCCUUUAUUUACUGUUCAGUCAUUCUCAGAAUUUAUAAAAAAAAAUCGUUUUGACUGCAUUGUUGUAGUUUUGCAAAGACUUUACUCACACGCCACUUCUUUUUUGAAGGUCACAUUUUAUUCGAAGUACUGACAGUGCUGCAGAUAUGUAAAUUAUUCCUCUUAGCUUGUUUGGAGAAUCACUUGUAACCAGACUUAGUCCACAUCUGGACCCUGCACGGUCAUGUUCACGCCUCGAGGUCAUCAAGAACACAUGUACAGAGACUUAAGUUACAAUGCAAUAUUUGUAUUUUAUGUGUUGUCUGUUACAGUUUAACAAGACUGCUGAGGCCUCUGAAGUGUUAACAAUAAGAAUCUUUCCCUGUAGAUCCUGUAGUGUUAACCGCUGAGGUCAUUUUGGUUGUCUUUUACAUUAGUUGUCUAUAUAUUGACGCAUCCAAGCACUUUUUUUGUACUGCCAUUCUAUAGGACAAAUGUAACCUUAUCCCUUUACUACAUGCUGUACUAUUAAUGUAUUAUUUAAAGGACUUUACUGGCUUUUUUUGACCCAGCAUGACUUCCGGAUGGAAAUUAAUGAAUAAAGAGCAUUU